AUGGAGUCGUGGAAAGACCUGAGUGGAAAAGUAGUGAUGGUGACAGGGGCAUCAUCAGGAAUCGGGCGAGAGAUCUGUCUCGACUUGGCAAAAGCUGGUUGCAGCAUCAUUGCUUCUGCUCGUCGUUUUGACAGACUGAAAUCUCUCUGUGAUGCGAUUAAUUCAGAGGGCCGGCAGUGUGCGUUCGCCCUAGAACUUGACAUAACUGCUGAUGGUUUUACUGUUGAGGCUGUUGUACAAAGAGCCUGGGAUGCCUUUGGACGUAUCGAUGCCUUGAUUAACAAUGCUGGCCUUAGAGGUAAUAUUCAUAUAGUUAGAAGUAAAUCAAGUAAAUAUAAGUGUAAUCUCUAA